AUGAAGAAAACCCUACGCGACUUCGCCCAUAUAUACAUGUUUUUAGCCGCUGAAGAAGAGAGUCAGAAAAUUAUCAAAGAGUGCAAUCUAAACCCGCCAUCAUAUGUCAACGAGCAACGAACCAAGAAGGCUCAUGAUAGAGGCGGAGCAAGUAGUUUUCCACUAGGUUCUGCUUUUCGGACUCCGGCCGAGAAGGUUGUAGCAGGGGAUAUAAGUGAAGAAGAGGAUGAGAGUGAUGAUGAAGAGAAGAACGAGGAGGAGAAGAACGAGGAGGAGGAGGAGGAGGAGGUAGCAGAACCGGCAAAGAAGAGAAGAAAAGAAACUCCAACAGAGAAAGAGAAGAGGUUGCAGAGGACAAAAAAACCUUCAGCUAUUGUCUCAUCUCCAUAUGUGGCUGGUCAGGCAAAUAUAAAAAGAAAAGGCAAGACAAGUGUAAAAGGGAGAGGAGGUACAAAGAGACGCAGGAAACAAGGUUGA